AUGACAUCCUUAUUGAAUAAUUUGAAUAAGGAGUUGAACCUAUUCUCCAAAGCAGGUGACACCAACUUGAAUGAUAUCCUAGAAUCGACAGAUGAUUUCAUCAAAGAUUUGAAAUCUUUAGAAAAAGAUCUUGAAUUGGCAAUUGAGUCUGAAGAAUCCAUAGAUAUCAGCUCUGUAGGUAAAGUGAAUAAAUGGUAUGAUAAGUCAAUCUCAUCUUUAAAGAGUUAUAAUAGUCAGAUUAAUAAGUUUCUGAAGAAUAUCCUUACUAAUCCUCAAUACACAAUUGAUUUGGACGAUGCAUAUACUUAUCCUUUGAAUAUAGAGAGUUUACCCAUAAGUUUGAAUCAAAAUUUGAAUGAAGAAGAAGCUGCUUUGAAAGAGGUUAAGAAAGAAAAUCAGCAAGAACUUAUCAAGGCUAUUAUUUUGCACUUACUUAAAAUUGGUCAGAGCGAUAUCAUCGAAGAUAUCAUUGAUAAUAAAGAUUAUGAUUUCCAGAUAAAUUCUGAACUAUUACAGCAGUUCAAAUUCUUGAAUGAAAUUGUAGAUGAUAUCACCAUAAGACAUGAUCUUACCAAAGCUUUGGCAUGGUUCAAACAUAAAUAUAAUAGUAAUGUCUUGAAAAAGGGAGUUGAGUAUGAAGAGAUUGAAUUCAAAUUGCAUAUUCUUAAAUUUGUACUUUUAUUGAAUGGGAAUAAUGAAUUUUCCUUGGAUAAUGCUUUGGAAGCGUACCUUUAUUCAAAAGAAAACUUCCCAAGAUUCUUUAAGACUUAUUUACAUGAAUUAUCACCAUUAAUGUCACUAUUGUUAUUCAAAACCAUCGAUGAUAAGGAAAGUACUAAUCCUGACGAUUAUGCUCGUAAACAUAUGAUUAACUUACUUUCUGAAUUUUACAAUAAGAUGAAGUUAACAUUUUCAAAAGAUUGGGAAGAUAAUAAGUCUAAUGAAUCUAGAUUCGUUCAAGAUGUAUUGAAUAACUUUGAGACCAUUAAUGAAAAUUCAUCUAUAUUCACCAAUUUGGCAAGCGAAUUCAUAUCUUAUUAUUGUAAAGAUAUGAAAUUAUCUAAUGAUUCAUCAUUAUUCCAAGGAAUCUUAGCUGGGUUCAUAAAUCUCCCACCAUUCUAUAAAUAUAAUAAGAUCCAAAGAAAAUUAAGUAGAGUGAGUAUGUCAUUUACUCAAGAAGAAAGACCAAACUUAGAAGAUAAUGAAACAUUGAGUUCAGAAACCAUCAACUAUAAUAAGAUCAUUGCUCCUUUCACCUUUGAUUUACCGUUCCAAUUAUCAGAUACCAAUAGAUUCUUAUUUGAAUAUCAUCCAGUAUUCAUUUGUCCAGUUUCUAAAGAACAAUUAAUACCUUUGACUCAGGAAAUCGAAGAAAAGAAAACCAAGAAACCAAGACUAGAACCUUCUAGACCUCAUAAUCCAGUCGUAGUAUUGAAAUAUUGUCAUCAUGUAGCAUUAAAAGAGAGUAUUUGGCAAUUAUCUCGUAGAGGAGCUGAAGUAUUCAAGUGUCAUUAUUGUUAUAAGAAACAUAAAUUUUCUGAAGUUAGUGAAGCAUAUUUCAUUGACCUUUAA